GCCGGCAUGAGUGUUGUUGCCACCUGUCAGAACAAGAUAAGGAUAUGCCUUUAGACAUGGAUGAUGACGUCUGGCUCAAAGAAGAUGAUGGGCACGAUGAGGUGGAUGUGGUCAACUGCUUUGCACAUCUUAGCGUAGUCUACGUGGAAGGGGGGAGUGGGGAGGAUGAGCAGGUUGCAGAGCAGGUUGCAGAAGACGUCGACAACUUUGACAUUCAUGAUGACGGCGAUAUGAUUUUUGACACGGAUGAUGAAGUCUGCCAGCGAGAGGAUGGGGGAAGCGGAGAGGAGGAGGAGGAUGGAGAAGACGCCGUCAGUGAGGAUGAGCAGGAUGGAGAAGACGCCGUCAGUGUUGUAGGCAGCUGGCAUGGACAAGAUGAUGGGCGAACUGAGGUGGAUAUGGUUAAACACGUCACAAAUCUUUGCGCUGUUUACGCAGAUGGGGUGUGGGACGAGGAGCAGGGGUCCAUGGCAGCGGCGGUGGUUAGCGUGGAUGUGAGGCAGGUAAAGGGUAAGGUUGGCGAGAAGGAGGCUGACAACUACAUUAACAACAACAACAACGGUAUCAACAACAACAACAACAUUAACAACAACAACUUUGAUGGGAGGGUUGGUGGAGAGGCGGUGGCUGUGGUGGAGGAGAGCCUGGUAAUGGGUGAGAUCGGUGAUAAGGGCGAGGAGGCUGACAACAAUAACAACAACACGGGAAUCAUGGCAGAGGUGGGGGCAGUGAUGGAGGAGAGGCAGGUGAUGGGCGAGAUCGGUGUGAAGGGUGGGGAGGCUGUCAACAACAACAACAACAACAACAAUGACGGCGGCAACAACAGUGACAAUGAUGGCGAGCAGGGGAUGGGUGUAAUGGGUGAGGCACUGAUGGAGGAGAGGUUGGUGAUGGGCGAGAUCGGUGUGAAGGGUGGGAAGGUUGUCAACAACAACAACAACAACAACAACAACAACAAUAACAACAACAACAAUGAUGGCGGCAACAACAACGACAGUGAUGGCGACCAGGGUCUGGGUGUAAUGGGCUAGGAGGGUGUGGAACAUGACAACAAAAUCUACAACGGUGACGACAACAACAAUAACGAAUGCAAUAUCAACAACAACAAAGAUCACAACAACAA